AUGGUCAACAACGUGGUCGACGAGGAUUUUCGCGGCCACGUACGACACUCAACGGAGCCUAGAAGCAGUUGGCGAGACAUGCUCCCGAUGUUUCUGAUCCAAAUUGCUGAUCGAGUAAAAUGGCGUGCUCCCCUACAGACCACAGACGCUGACGAUACACUGCAGUCGCGCCUCACCCUUUUCUCCGCCCUUGAUGGCGCAUCCGGACCAUCACCAAUCCUGCCCCGAUGCUGCUCCGUUCCUGCCUUGCCUGCCGGUUACACCUCCGCCGAGAAAACGGCUGACUUCUGGAGCCAGGAAAAGCCAGGAACAGCCAGGAACGGAGACUCCUCGAGAGCCUUCCACUUCUUGAUGUUCCUGUCUGCACGGGUCAUCCUGGCCUUGUCAAUUCUGGAACAGGUUGUCGAUGCCCAUCGCCAAAUGAAUGUCUUACGCCCAAUUGAGGCUCAUCACCAAAACUUGGCCACUACCACUGGUUGA